AUGCGCAGACGUGCAUGCGCUGAGAGUAAAGGAUGGGAGUGUGAGGUUGGAGUGGGCGGUGUGAGUGUGAGGUUGGAGUGGGCGGAGGGCAGUAAGAGUGGACACUGCGAGUAUGAGGUUGGAGUGGGCAAUGAGCGUGUGAGGUUGGAGUGGGGGAUGGAAAUGGGCGGAACACUCAAGACUCAUUCAGCUCUCAGAGUUCCAGUUAUUUCAAAUGACUCCGACGUCUUCACGCCCCUCGGGCGGGGCGCCACUCCCUCCGCGUGGAGCAGCAUCGGCCUAUCAGGCUACGAGCCCCUCGUCCGUUUUUGUCUCUCUGCGCCUACGCCGAGAACAGGGGCAGUGCUCGUUGCUGUUGGAAAUGGGAGAUGUGCAGGUUCUGAAACUUUGCUGCGCUGCCAAUCAACUGUUUUGUUGUAUCUACGGGCUCGGGUUAGAUGA